UAACUCAUGCCGGUCCUCCCCUUCUCCUCCCCCUGCUCGCUGAGGCUCCCUCCUCCUCACUGUCGCUGUAAGAUCGACAGUUGGUCUGAGUCUCAGCUCAGUGAACCCCUGCAGCAGGGAGCAAGCCGGGGGACCUGCAGGGAGUCCAGGGCUGCAAGAGGAGCCCGCCCUGCCCUGCCCUGAGAAGCCCCCUGCAGAGGUCGGGGACAGAGCAGGUGCAGAGGUGCUGCAGCCACUCUUUGCCCAGCCUCCUGAAGGAUGCCCGCCCAGGGUUCACUAACCUCCAACCUGGCCCUCCUGGUGUUGCUGGGCACAGUCAGAGCAGGCCCCUUCUCUCCACGGUCCAAUGUGACUCGCCCAGGCCCUCGGCCCCCUCCCCAGCCAGGGGGCCGCACAACAGAGCCAGGAGAGGGAAGACCCUCUUCUCAGCUUUACGAGCACACUGUGGAAGGAGGGGAGAAGCAAGUGGUGUUUACCCACCGCAUUAACCUGCCCUCUUCAGCUGGCUGUGGCUGUCCCCCGGGCACUGAGCCCCCUGUCCCUGCGUCAGAGGUGCAUGCCCUGAGGGUCCGGCUAGAGAUCCUGGAGGAGCUGGUGAAAGGGCUCAAGGAGCAGUGCAAUGGGGGAUGUUGUCCUGCUGCAGCCCAGGCUGGCACAGGCCAGACAGACGUGCGCAGCCUCUGCAGUCUCCAUGGCAAGUUUGACCUCAGCCGCUGCGCCUGCUCCUGCGAGCCAGGAUGGGGUGGACCCACCUGCUCUGAGCCGAUGGAUGCCGAGGCGCCGCCGUCCACCCCACCCUCCGGGUCCUGCCCGGAUGAUUGCAACGAUCAGGGUCGUUGCGUCGACGGUCGCUGCGUGUGCUUCCCUGGCUACGCCGGCCCCAGUUGUGGCUGGCCCUCCUGCCCCGGGGACUGCAACGGCCGCGGGCGCUGCGUGCAGGGCGUGUGCGUGUGCCGGGCGGGCUUCUCAGGUGACGACUGCAGCGUGCGCUCCUGCCCUCGGGGCUGCAGACAGAGGGGGCGCUGCGAGGACGGGCGCUGCGUGUGCAACCCCGGCUACACGGGCGAGGACUGUGGGGUGAAGAGCUGUCCUCGCGGUUGCAACCAAAGGGGGCGCUGCGAGAAUGGGCGCUGCGUGUGCAACCCCGGCUACACAGGCGAGGACUGUGGGGUGAGGAGCUGCCCCCGGGGCUGCAGCCAGAAGGGGCGCUGCGAGGACGGGCGCUGCGUGUGCGACCCCGGCUACACGGGCGAGGACUGCGGCUCGCGGAGCUGCCGCUGGGACUGUGGCGAGGGUGGGCGCUGCGUGGACGGCCGCUGCGUGUGCUGGCCCGGGUACGCCGGCGAGGACUGCAGCACGCGCACCUGCCCGCGCGACUGCAGCCAGCGCGGGCGCUGCGAGGACGGCGAGUGCAUCUGCGAUGCGGGCUACAGCGGCGAGGACUGCAGCGUGCGCAGCUGCCCGGGCGACUGCAACCAGCGCGGGCGCUGCGAGGACGGCCGCUGCGUGUGCUGGCGGUACAGCGGGCCCGACUGCGGCGCGCGCGCCUGUCCCCGCGACUGCCUGGGCCGCGGGCGCUGCGAGAACGGCGUGUGCGUGUGCAACGCGGGCUACAGCGGCGAGGACUGCAGCGCGCGCACCUGCCCCGGGGACUGCAGCGGCCGCGGCCGGUGCGAGAGCGGCCGCUGCGUGUGCUGGCCCGGGUACACCGGCCGGGACUGCGGCACGCGCGCCUGCCCCGGGGACUGCCGGCGGCGCGGGCGCUGCGUGGACGGCCGCUGCGUGUGCAACCCGGGCUUCACGGGCGAGGACUGCGGCAGCCGUCGGUGUCCCGGGGACUGCCGCGGCCACGGCCGCUGCGAGGAUGGGGUGUGCGCGUGCGACGCGGGGUACACGGGCGAGAACUGCGGCCUGCGCAGCUGCCCUCGCGGUUGCCUGGGCCGCGGGCAGUGCCUGGACGGGCGCUGCGUGUGCGACGAGGGCUAUGAGGGCGAGGACUGCGGCGCGAGGCGCUGCCCGCGGGACUGCCACCAGCGCGGCGUGUGCCAGGACGGCGUGUGCGCCUGCUGGGAGGGCUAUGCCGGAGAGGACUGCGGGCUCCGGACUUGCCCUUCCAACUGCCACGGGCGUGGCCGCUGCGAGGACGGGCGCUGCGUUUGUGACUUAGGCUACACCGGCCCGGCCUGUGCCACCCGCACCUGCCCGUCGGACUGCCGGGGCCGCGGGCGCUGCGUGCAGGGAGUGUGCGUGUGCUACGUGGGCUACAGCGGCGAGGACUGCGGGCAGGAAGAGCAGCCCGCCAGCGCCUGCCCUGGGGGCUGUGGGCCACGGGAGCUGUGCCGAGCUGGCCAGUGUGUAUGCGUGGAGGGCUUCCGAGGCCCCGAUUGUGCCAUCCAGACCUGCCCAGGGGACUGCCAUGGCCGCGGAGAGUGUCGUGAAGGCCGCUGCGUUUGCAAAGAAGGCUACGCAGGGGAGGACUGCAGGGAAGAGAUCCCAGCCAUUGAAGGCAUGAGGAUGCACCUCCUGGAGGAGACGACUGUUCGGACAGAGUGGACCCGGGCUCCUGGACCUGUGGAUGCCUAUGAAAUUCAGUUCAUCCCCACGACAGAGGGAGUGAGCCCCCCGUUCACAACACGGGUGCCCAGCUCAGCCUCGGCCUAUGACCAGAGAGGACUGGCUCCCGGUCAGGAGUACCAGGUCACCGUCCGUGCCCUCCGAGGGACUAGCUGGGGCCCUCCUGUUUCCAAGACCAUCACCACCAUGAUUGAUGGCCCCCAGGACCUCCGCGUGGUGGCUGUCACACCAACCACGCUGGAGCUCAGCUGGCUGCGUCCCCAGGCCGAGGUAGACAGAUUCGUGGUGUCCUACGUGAGUGCUGGCAACCAGAGGGUGCGGCUGGAAGUGCCCCCUGAGGACGAUGGGACACUGCUGACUGACCUGAUGCCAGGCGUGGAAUAUGUGGUGACCGUCACUGCGGAACGGGGCCCGGCAGUAAGCUACCCGAGUUCCAUCAGGGCCAACACAGGGUCCUCCCCCUUGGGCAUCUUGGGGGCCACUGAUGAACCUCCUCCCUCAGGCCCUUCAACGACUCAAGGGGCCCAGGCCCCCGGUGUGCAGCAGCGCCCCCAGGAACUGGGAGAGUUGAGGGUGCUGGGCACAGACAAGACAGGGCGCCUCCACGUGGUCUGGACUGCCCAGCCUGACACCUUUGCCCACUUCCAGCUGAGCCUGCGGGUGCCUGAGAGGCCGGGGGUACAUGAGGAGCUACUACCAGGGGAUGUCCGCCAGGCUCUGGUGCCCUCACCCCCUCCUGGAGCUUCCUAUGAGCUGACACUUCGUGGGGUUCCCCCCAAGGGCAAGCCCUCUGCACCCCUCGUCUACCAAGGCAUAAUGGACAAGGAUGGAGAGAAGCCUGAGAAGCCCCUGAUCCCACCACGCCUGGGUGACCUGACCGUGACCGAUGCAUCCUCCGACUCCCUGCUCCUACACUGGACAGUCCCUGAAGGCGAAUUUGACUCUUUCAUAAUCCAGUACAAGGACAGGAAUGGGGCCCAGGUGGUGCCUGUGGAGGGACCCAGGCGCUCUGCCCUCAUCCCCAACCUGGAGAUCGGCCGCAAGUACAAAUUUAUCCUGUAUGGGCUCACGGGCAAGAAGAAACACGGCCCCCGGGUGGCUGAAGCCAAGAUUGUGCCUCCGAGUGAUCCCAGCUCAGUGACUUUGCCCCGCCUGGGAAAGCUGUGGGUGACAGACCCCACCCCAGACUCGCUACUCCUCUCCUGGACUGUUCCCGAAGGCCAGUUCGACUCCUUCCUAGUCCAAUACAGGGAUAAGGAUGGACGGCCCCACGUAGUGCCCGUGGAAGGGCCUGAACGCUCAGUCAUUGUCUCCCCGCUGGACCCCGACCACAAGUACAGAUUCACUCUGUUCGGGAUUGCCAACAAGAAGCGGCAUGGCCCCCUCAUAGCUGAUGGCACCACUGCUCCAGAGACCAGAGAACCCCUGCUGGGGGACCUGACCGUGACUGACGCCACCCCAGACUCCGUGUACCUGUCCUGGACAGUGGCUCGGGGCUCCUUCAACUCCUUCACAGUCCAGUACAAAGACGCGCAGGGGCAGCCGCAGGUAGUGCCCGUUGCAGGGGAUGAGAACCAGCUCACUGUCUCGGGCCUGGAGCCUGACCGCAAGUAUAAGAUGAACCUCUAUGGGCUUCACGGCAGGCAGCGUGUGGGACCUGUGUCUGUGGUGGCCACCACGGCUCCCCGGGAACCUGUGGACGAGAUCCCCAGCCCCACAGAGACCUCGGAGGCCCCCAAGGAGCCCCGCCUGGGGGAGCUGGCCAUCACAGAUGCCACCCCCAACUCCCUGCAACUCUCCUGGACCGUCCCCGAGGGCCAGUUUGACCACUUCCUGAUCCAGUACAAGAAUGGGGACGGCCAGCCCAAGGUGGUGCGUGUGCCAGGCCACGAGGACACGGCCACCAUCUCAGGCCUGGAGCCGGACCACAAGUACAAGAUGAACCUGUACGGCUUCCACAAUGGCAAGCGUGUGGGCCCCAUCUCCACCAUCGGGGUGACAGCUCCAGAUGAAAAGGUCCCCACAGAAGCCAUCACAGAGGCCCCGGAGCCCCCCGAAGAGCCCGUCCUGGGGGAGCUGACCGUGACAGACGCCUCCCCAGACUCGCUGACCCUGUCCUGGACCGUCCCCCAGGGCCACUUUGACUCCUUCACCAUCCAGUACAAGGGCAGGGACGGGCCGCAGGUGGUGCGUGUCGGGGGCGAUGAGAGUGAGGUCACGGUGCGGGGCCUGGAGCCGGGGCGCAAGUACAAGAUGAACCUGUAUGGCCUGCACGAGGGCCGGCGAGUGGGCCCCGUGUCCACCAUCGGCACGACCGCUCCACCAACAGAAGAAGAGACUCCUCCAGCCACCGAGCCCCCUCUGGAGCCUCGCCUGGGAGAGCUGACAAUGACAGAUGUGACCCCCAACUCUGUGGGCCUCGCUUGGACGGUCCCUGAGGGCCACUUUGACUCCUUUGUGGUCCAGUACAAGGACAGGGCCGGGCAGCCCCAGGUGGUGCCUGUGGCCGCGGACCAGCGCGAGGUCACUGUUCCCAGCCUGGAGCCUUCACGAAAAUACAAGAUGAACUUGUUUGGGCUCCGUGACGGGCAGCGUGUGGGCCCCCUCUCCCUGGUUGUCAUGACGGCUCCCCUCCCCACAGCCCCAGCCACAGAGCCCCCUCAGGAGCCACGCCUGGGGGAGCUGACAGUGACAGAUGUGACCCCGGACUCCGUGGGCCUCUCCUGGACGGUCCCUGAAGGUGAAUUCGACUCCUUCGUGGUCCAGUACAAGGACAGGGCCGGGCAGCCCCAGGUGGUGCCUGUGGCCGCGGACCAGCGCGAGGUCACUGUUCCCAGCCUGGAGCCUUCACGAAAAUACAAGAUGAACUUGUUCGGGCUCCGUGACGGGCAGCGUGUGGGCCCCCUCUCUCUGGUUGUCGUGACGGCUCCCCUCCCCACAGCCCCAGCCACAGAGCCCCCUCAGGAGCCACGCCUGGGGGAGCUGACAGUGACAGAUGUGACCCCGGACUCCGUGGGCCUCUCCUGGACGGUCCCUGAGGGUGAAUUCGACUCCUUUGUGGUCCAGUACAAGGACAGGGCCGGGCAGCCCCAGGUGGUGCCUGUGGCCGCGGACCAGCGCGAGGUCACUGUUCCCAGCCUGGAGCCUUCACGAAAAUACAAGAUGAACUUGUUCGGGCUCCGUGACGGGCAGCGUGUGGGCCCCCUCUCUCUGGUUGUCGUGACGGCUCCCCUCCCCACAGCCCCAGCCACAGAGCCCCCUCAGGAGCCACGCCUGGGGGAGCUGACAGUGACAGAUGUGACCCCGGACUCCGUGGGCCUCUCCUGGACGGUCCCUGAGGGUGAAUUCGACUCCUUUGUGGUCCAGUACAAGGACAGGGCCGGGCAGCCCCAGGUGGUGCCUGUGGCCGCGGACCAGCGCGAGGUCACCGUCCCGGGCCUGGAGCCCAAUAAGAAGUACAAGUUCCUGCUGUUUGGGAUCCAGGAUGGGAAACGACGCAGCCCGGUUUCCGUGGAGGCAAAGACGGCUGCCAGAGGUGAUGCCAGACCAGGGGCCCCACCCCGCCUUGGGGAGAUGUGGGUGACAGACCCCACCCCAGACUCUCUGCACCUCUCAUGGACAGUCCCUGAGGGCCACUUCGACUCUUUUGUGGUCCAGUACAAGGACAGGGACGGGCCCCGGGUGGUGCCCGUGGACGGCCACGAACGGUCAGUCACCAUCACCCCUCUGGAAGCCGACCGCAAGUACAGAUUCCUCCUCUAUGGCCUCCUGGGCAAGAAGCGCCAUGGCCCUCUCACAGCAGAUGGCACCACCGAGAAGCAGAGUACAGAGGACAGUUCUGGAACUAAGCCCCGCCUGGGGGAAGAGCUACAGGUGACCGAUGUGACAUCAGACUCCGUGCGCCUCUUGUGGACAGUCCCCGAGGGCCAGUUUGACUCCUUUGUGGUCCAGUACAAGGACAAGGACAGGCAGCCCCAGGUGGUGCCUGUGGAGGGCAGCCUCAGAGAGGUCAGCAUCUCGGGCUUGGACCCCAACCACAGGUACAAGCUGCUCCUGUACGGGUUGCACCAGGACAAGCGUGUGGGUCCCAUCUCUGCCACCGCUGUGACCGCCGGGGACGAAACCGAGGGCAGUAUUCAGCCCCCAAGCCCUCCAGCACCCGAGCCCCGCCUGGGGGCACUGACUGUGGAGGAGGCCACGCCACACACCCUGCAUCUCUCCUGGAUGGUGACUGAAGGAGAAAUGGAUUCCUUUGAGGUCCAGUACACAGAUGAGGCUGGGCAGCUGCAAGUAAUCCCUGUGGAGGGCAACCGGAACGACAUCACCCUCUCUGACCUGGAAUCCAACCACAGAUACCUAGUGAACCUGUAUGGUUUCCGUGGCCAGCAGCGUGUGGGCCCUGCCCAGAUUGAGGCCCUGACAGGGGAGGAGGAAGAGCCUUCAGAGCCUCCCACCAUGACCCCUGAGCCUCCUACCACAACCCCUGAGCCUCCCAUCAAGCCCCGCCUGGGGGAGCUGGCCAUCACAGAUGCCACCCCCAACUCCCUGCAACUCUCCUGGACCGUCCCCGAGGGCCAGUUUGACCACUUCCUGAUCCAGUACAAGAACGGGGACGGCCAGCCCAAGGUGGUGCGCGUGCCAGGCCACGAGGACACAGCCACCAUCUCAGGCCUGGAGCCGGACCACAAGUACAAGAUGAACCUGUACGGCUUCCACAAUGGCAGGCGCAUGGGCCCCAUCUCCACCAUCGGGGUGACGGCUCCAGAUGAAGAGGUCCCCACAGAAGCCAUCCCAGAGGCCCCGGAGCCCCCCGAGGAGCCCGUCCUGGGGGAGCUGACUGUGACAGACGCCUCCCCAGACUCGCUGACCCUGUCCUGGACCGUCCCCAAGGGCCACUUUGACUCCUUCACCAUCCAGUACAAGGGCAGGGACGGGCCGCAGGUGGUGCAUGUUGGAGGCGAUGAGAGUGAGGUCACGGUGCAGGGCCUGGAGCCGAGGCGCAAGUACAAGAUGAACCUGUAUGGCCUGCACGAGGGCCGACGAGUGGGCCCUGUGUCCACCGUGGGCACCACUGCCCGAGAAACAGAGGAUGAAACGACUCGGGCCCCAACAGACCCUCCCACCACGACCCCUGAGCCUUCCAUCAAGCCCCGCCUGGGGGAGCUGGCCAUCACAGAUGCCACCCCCAACUCCCUGCAACUCUCCUGGACCAUCCCUGAGGGCCAGUUUGACCACUUCCUGAUCCAGUACAAGAAUGGGGACGGCCAGCCCAAGUUGGUGCGCGUGCCAGGCCACGAGGACACGGCCACCAUCUCAGGCCUGGAGCCGGACCACAAGUACAAGAUGAACCUGUACGGCUUCCACAAUGGCAGGCGCGUGGGCCCCAUCUCCACCAUUGGGGUGACAGCUCCAGAUGAAGAGGUCCCCACAGAAGCCAUCACAGAGGCCCCGGAGCCCCCCGAGGAGCCCGUCCUGGGGGAGAUGACCGUGACAGACGCCUCCCCAGACUGGCUGACCCUGUCCUGGACCGUCCCCCAGGGCCACUUUGACUCCUUCACCGUCCAGUACAAGGGCAGGGACGGGCCGCAGGUAGUGCAGGUUGGAGGCGAUGAGAGCGAAGUCACGGUGCAGGGCCUGGAGCCGGGGCGCAAGUACAAGAUGAACCUGUAUGGUCUGCACGAGGGCCGGCGAGUGGGCCCUGUGUCCACUGUGGGCAUGACCGCUCCAGAUGAAGAGGUCCCCACAGAAGCCAUCACAGAGGCCCCAGAGCCCCCCGAGGAGCCCGUCCUGGGGGAGCUGACCGUGACAGACGCCUCCCCAGACUCGCUGACCCUGUCCUGGACCGUCCCCAAGGGCCACUUUGACUCCUUCACCAUCCAGUACAAGGGCAGGGACGGGCCUCAGGUGGUGCGUGUCAGGGGCGAUGAGAGCGAGGUCACAGUGCAGGGCCUGGAGCCGGGGCGCAAGUACAAGAUGAACCUGUAUGGCCUGCACGAGGGCCGGCGAGUGGGCCCCGUGUCCACUGUGGGCAUGACCGCUCCAGACAUAGUGACCACCCAAGCCUCACCCACCACGACCUCUGAGCCUUCCAUCAAGCCCCGCCUGGGGGAGCUGGCCAUCACAGAUGCCACCCCCAACUCCCUGCAACUCUCCUGGACCGUCCCCGAGGGCCAGUUUGACCACUUCCUGAUCCAGUACAAGAACGGGGACGGCCAGCCCAAGGUGGUGCGCGUGCCAGGCCACGAGGACACGGCCACCAUCUCAGGCCUGGAGCCAGACCACAAGUACAAGAUGAACCUGUACGGCUUCCACAAUGGCAGGCGCGUGGGCCCCAUCUCCACCAUUGGGGUGACAGCUCCUGAUGAAGAGGUCCCCACAGAAGCCAUCCCAGAGACCCCGGAGGCCCCCAAGGAGCCUGUCCUGGGGUUGCUGACUGUGAAAGACGCCUCCCCAGACUCGCUGACCCUGUCCUGGACCGUCCCCCAGGGCCACUUUGACUCCUUCACCAUCCAGUACAAGGGCAGGGACGGGCCGCAGGUGGUGCAUGUUGGAGGCGAUGAGAGUGAGGUCACGGUGCAGGGCCUGGAGCCGGGGCGCAAGUACAAGAUGAACCUGUAUGGCCUGCACGAGGGCCGGCGAGUGGGCCCCGUGUCUACCGUGGGCACGACCGAGGCUCCCGUGAUUCCCCGCCUGGGGGAGCUCGCUGUGGCAGCCGUGACCUCGGACUCAGCACUCCUCUCGUGGACGGUGGCCCAGGGUCCCUUCGACUCCUUCCUGGUCCAAUACAAGGAUGCGCAGGGGCAGCUCCAGGCAGUGCCCGUGGGUGGAGACCUCCGGGAAGUCACUAUCUCAGGUCUAGAUCCGGCCCGCAAGUACAAGUUCCUCCUCUUCGGACUCCAGGAUGAGAAAAGGCACGGCCCAGUGUCUGCAGAAGCAAAGACCUUCCCAGACAGGAAGACUUCUCCCCGACUGGGGGAGCUGACCGUGACAGAGGUGACCCCAGACUCCGUGGGCCUCUCCUGGACGGUCCCUGAGGGUGAAUUCGACUCCUUCGUGAUCCAGUUCAAGGACAGGGCCGGGCAGACCCAGGUGGUGCCUGUGGCCGCAGACCAGCGCAAGGUCACCAUCCCGGGCCUGGAGCCCAAUAAGAAAUACAAGUUCCUGCUCUACGGGCUGGCAGGCAAGAAGCGGCUGGGCCCCGCCUCCGCUGAGGGCUGCACAGCUCCCCUGAAGAAGGAGCUGGGGAAGCUGACAGUGACGGAUGAGACCCCACACUCUUUGCGCCUCUCAUGGACAGUGGUCCAGGGCCCCUUUGAAUCCUUCGUGGUCCAGUACCAGGAUGCAGAAGGGCAGCUCCAGGCAGUGCCUCUGGCUGCAGACCAGCGGGAGGUCACCAUAGAGGGCCUGGUACCCAGCAGGACUUACAACUUCUUGCUCUACGGGCAACUCCGAGGACAGCGCUUGGGCCCCAUCUCUGCUCUGGGAAUGACAGCUCCAGAAGUUACGCCAGCCCCCCCUGACUCUGCCACAGAGGCCCCCGAAUCUUCUGGAGGGCCCCGUCUAGGGGUGCUGGCAGUGAGUGACGUGGCCCCGGAAUCCCUGCGUCUCUCAUGGACCGUGGCCCAGGGUCCCUUUGACUCCUUCGUGGUCCAGUAUUGGGACACAGAUAAGCAGCCCCAGGCCUUGCUCGUGGGUGGCGACCAGGACAAGGUCCUCGUAUCAGGCCUGGAGCCCAGCACCUCCUACAAGUUCCUUCUCUACGGUCUCCAGGAAGGAAAGCGGCUGGGACCCAUCUCAGCUGAGGGCACCACAGGGCCUGCUCCUGCCGGGCUGACCCCAGGGGAGUUGGGGCCGCACCUGUCCCAGCUGUCCGUGACUGAUGUGACCACCAGUUCCAUGAGGCUCAGCUGGGAGGCCCCACCUGGGGCCUUCGACUCCUUCCUGCUGCGUUUUGGGAUCCCAUUACCAAGCACUCUGGAGCCAUACCCACGUCCCCAGCUGUACCGGGACCUGAAGGUGCCAGGGACACAGCACUGGGCUGUGCUCCGGGACCUGAGCCCGGGGACCCUUUACAGCCUGAUGCUGUAUGGACUGCGCGGGCCUCACAAGGCGGACAGCAUCCAGGGCACUGCCCGCACCCUCAGCCCAGUUCUGGAGAGUCCCCGUGACCUCAAUUUCAGUGAAGUUGGGGAGACCUCAGCCAAGGUCCACUGGGCGCCUCCACCAUCUAGAGUGGACAGCUUCAAAGUUUCCUACCAGCUGGCGGAUGGAGGGGAGCCACAGAGCGUGCAGGUGGAUGGCGGGGCCCAGACCCAGAAACUCGAGGGGCUGGUUCCAGGCACUCGGUAUGAGGUGACCGUGGUCUCUGUCCGUGGCUUUGAGGAGAGCGAGCCUCUCACAGGCUUCCUCAACACCGUUUCUGACGGCCCCACCAAUUUGCAUGCGCUGAACUUGACGAAUGCAUCCGUCGUGCUGCAUUGGACACCCCCACACAUCCCGGUGGACGAAUAUGAUGUCCGGGUGACAGCCCCAGAGGCCCCCUCUGUGCAGGGCUCAGCCCCUGGCAGCGCUGUGGACUACCUGGUGACUGGCCUCGAGCAAAAAACUAACUACACUGCCACGGUGACGGGCGUUCGGGGCCCUAACUUCACCUCCCCAGCCAGCAUCACCUUCACCACAGGAUUGGAGCCCCCCGGGAACUUGGAGGCCAAGAGAGUGACCCCCCGCACAGCCCUGCUCACUUGGACUGAGCCCCAAGAUCCACCAACUGGCUACCUGCUCAGCUUUAGCACCCCUGGCGAGCAGACACAGGAGAUCCUGCUCCCUGGAGGCGUCACCUCUCACGAGCUCCUGGGUCUCUUUCCCUCCACCCCCUACAACGCAUGGCUGAGGGCCAUGUGGGGUGAGAGCUUCACGCUGCCCGUGUCCACCUCCUUCACCACCGGUGGACUGCGGGUCCCCUUCCCCCGGGACUGCGGGGAGGAGAUGCAGAACGGGGCCGGCACCAGCAGGGCCACCACCGUCUUCCUCAACGGCAACCGCGAGCGGCCCCUGAACGUGUUCUGCGACAUGGAGACCGAUGGGGGUGGCUGGCUGGUGUUCCAGCGCCGCAUGGAUGGACAGACAGACUUCUGGAGGGACUGGGAGGACUAUGCCCACGGUUUUGGGAACGUCUCCAGGGAGUUCUGGCUGGGCAACGAGGCCCUGCACAGCCUGACCAAAGCCGGAGACUACUCCAUGCGCGUAGACCUGCGGGCUGGGGACGAGGCCGUGUUUGCCCAGUACGACUCCUUCCGAGUAGAUUCGGCCGCUGAGUUCUACCGCCUCCACGUGGAGGGCUACCAUGGCACUGCAGGGGACUCCAUGAGCUACCACAGCGGCAGUGUCUUUUCCGCCCGUGACCGAGACCCCAAUAACUUGCUCAUCUCCUGCGCUGUCUCUUACCGCGGGGCCUGGUGGUACAAGAACUGCCACUAUGCCAACCUCAACGGGCUCUACGGGAGCACAGUGGACCACCAGGGAGUGAGCUGGUACUACUGGAAGGGCUUUGAGUUCUCUGUGCCCUUCACGGAAAUGAAGUUGAGACCAAGAAACUACCAGCCUCCAGCCCAGGGAGACUGAGCGCUGCUCGCGGCUCCCGCGCCCCCGUAUGACUGCCGCGCACUGAGGGGUCGCGCCCAGAGAAGAGCCAGGGGCCACCUUCAGCACCCAGCCACUGGAGCCUUCUCCACGAUCUCACAGCACUAUGUUUACAGGGGGGAGGGGAGGGGUUUGUGUGGGAGCAAUAAAAGGAGAAACUGAGGAAGGUGUGUGUCCUGCGC